UCUGGUAUAUAAGGAUUACACUGAGUAAUGGGUUUACGUUUUGUUGUUGUUUUUGCUAGUUCAAUAUUAUUUCAGUAAAAUAAAUUAUACCGUUAUGAAAGUUAUUUGUUCACGUUGUUUGUUUUAGAAAGGGCAAUUAAAGAGCUUAGGGAACACGAAAAAAAUGAAUACCCAUGAUGAACAUGUACAAUGCCCAUACGUUGCAUUCCAUUCGAUUUUGAAAAAACGUUUUCAGGUGCACCUGGUGCGAUGCCGGAAGAAUUUUUUACAUGUUUCCAAGGUGACGUGCCCUUUCAAUGUGACUCAUAUCCUUAAUGGGCCGGAGCUUGAUUGGCACGUCCAAAAUUGUCCUGACCGCGCUGGUUAUGAGCAUUAUAGGCGCAGAGAAGAACAAGCUGCAGCGGAUAGGGUGAUUACAUCAUCACAAACACGAGGAUAUCCAUUGGAAACCGGAGAAAAUUGGGAUGACUUGCCGCCCGUGCUAACCUAUAAUCCACAGGAGUAUGCUGAAAAUGCUCAAGUUCUUCGAAAUUUACGAGGACAUUCCAAGUCUGUUAAAAAACAAUUUCGUUCAAAUGAAAGACUUCGUUUAAUGGGAAUUAAUCGGAACAAUGAAUUAAACCAAUAAAAAACCUGAUGAUGUUCCCUUCAUUAGGCUUAAAUUGGACAAUUACUUUACAGUAGAAGGGUAAAAAUGACUAAAUACUAAACCUUAGUAAUUCUAAUGGCAAUACAAUACCUUUAUAUUGUUUUGACAACUCCGUAGUCAUGGACAGAAUUUAAAAUUAUACAUGUAUGUAAACUUAAUAUUUUUUAGUAAUGUUCGUAAAAUUACACAUUUUUUA